CAACGCGAACUCCUCGUCGGCUGCCCCCAUCAACAUCUGAUCGAGUUGUCCCAUUGCGGCCGGAAGAGCGGCCUGACUGUCGAUUGUCUGAACACAAUCUUCGGACUGAAGUCCGAGGCCAUUGAGGCCAUUCAAAUGGACUGCUCCUGGCUGGAAUCGGGUGCACAAAGCCUCGCGGCCAUGGCCAUGGGCCGUUGCACCCACGUUCGCAGUCUCGUUCUGGGCAAUUGCGACUUUUGGGACGUUGCCAUUGAAGGCCUCGACUUGCCGCAGGUGCAGCGUUACAUUGGCCUGGACCGUUGCCACAAUUUGACCAACGAACAGGUGCUCGAUAUGGUUCGUCAAUGUCCGCAGCUGCGAGAGUUCUAUGUGGUUCAGGGUGCCCUGCUGACAGGUGAACUGCUGCAUGGCAUCUAUCGCAUGCGGAUCGAAAAUGAUCCGGGCUACCCAUUGACCUUCAUACUGAGACACUGCACGAAACUCGUUGAGAGUUACAACACAAUGUUCUCGGAGUAUUGGGCCGGAAAGCAAGACAUUGUCCGUGUUAAGCAUGCUGAGGACGAUAUCAAGCCCAUUGCCGAUGUUCAAUUAUUCUUUCAUGGCUACGUUCAGGUCGUCACUUCCUUGGAGGAGAACAUGGAGAUGUCGCAAUAUGAUACAAGCGAUGCCUGAUCCAGAGUUUACACAGCGAAUUUCGAGUUUAAGUAAACGAAAUGCCUAAAUAAUACAGACAA